AUGAACGUGAACAGUGUUUGCAUUGCCAUAAUGACUGCGUUUUGGGGCGUUGUCGGAAUAGGGCUUCCUUGGUUGGUUCCAAGAAGUCCUAACAGAGGUACAAUUCAGAUAAUGCUGUCGACUACUGCCAUGUGCUGUUACCUUUUUUGGAUGAUGGCUUUCUUGCAUCAGAUGAACCCACUAUUCGGUCCAGUUCUGAAAAUAGACACCCUCCGCUAUAUGAGUGCAGGCGAUACCUGGCGAACACUUUAA